AUGGCUUGCGGGAAUACCUACCACAGCACCAUUUGCCGACAAAGCCCACCUAAUCUACUCUUCUGGAUGGUCAAGAAGGCUUUGGACCCACCAGGAGGGUUUUCUAGCGAACGGGUAUCCUAUCAUGUUCCCCUCGCUGCGGCGAGCAAAGCAAGCUUCUAUUACACUGGCAUCAAGAACAUCAUUGAGAACAUCCGAGAAGGCGCUUUCGAAGGACGACCGCUUUGGCACCGGUCCACAACCAACGUCGACGACGAACUUCUUUGUGUGGCGUCUGGCAUUGGCCUUGACGUUGGAGACAAUAUCAAGCACAAAGACUCCGAGGACAACCGGGAGCGCACGGCGGAGGUACUACGAAUGCAAGCCUUUCUGGAAGAGCUCGCCCGCUUCCCUCAAGGGAUCAUCUUCAGCAAUUGUCGCCGCCUCACUACACCGGGCUUCCGAUGGGCCCGAGUCUUGCUUCUGGAACAUCGGGCCUCCGGCCUGGGAGAUAUUGACGGUUCGACGGAUUCCAAGGUUGAAGAUUACAGCACUCUGCCCACGGACGACAAGCACGUUGAGCUUGAAUCCGGGGGAUUGAAGGUCAAGAUCAACCUCACUAAGCACUUGACGAAAACUCUUGGACUCAACAAGCGGUUCGUGUCUAUCGUCCUGAAUGACAAGACUGUCAAGCUGCCCACCGUAGGCCUUCCGGUCGACUACCCAGGCUACACCAUCAAGUUCCCCUAG